UUCUGAUAAUUUCGGAAAUUUUCGAGGUUAUUUCUUACCUUAUUUCGUUCUCUUGAUACCUUUGGACAGAAUAUUCUGUGUGAUAUAGAGGUAGACUACCAUCAAUAUUUUUGGAGUAAGUGGAGAAACUAUGUACUUCGCGAAUAUUCUGCCAGUAGACAUCAGACGGAUUCUGCUGUUCGCAUUGUUUGUUUUGCUUGACAUCGUUUGCAAAGUGGUGGACAAAUAGAGUGAUACCAGCCAAAUUAGCAAACGAAAUUGUAGUAAUUUUUCGUUUUUGCUAAAGGAUCUUCGCAUAUGUAUCUUCGUAUAUGUAUUUCUCGUGCCAGUUCGUAGAUAUAGUGCUUAUGAUCUGCGUAUGUACGAUUAAAAUGUAAUUAAUUGAAGAGGCAUAACAAUGACUACGGCAGCUGUGUAUAAUUACAUGAAAACGCAAAACAGACCCUACAGUGUGAAUGACGUAGUCACGAAUUUGCACAACGAAUACAACAAAAAUGCGGUUCAAAAGGCUAUGGAUCAAUUGGUGUCGGAUGGGAAGCUGUUCGAAAAAGUUUAUGGCAAACAGAAGAUAUAUUGCGCUGUCCAAGAUUCAACGCAGGACACUGAUGAACUUAUGAGGAUCGACAAGGAACUGCAAACUCAUGCCGGUGAGGUCGAGAACAAAUAUCAGGAAGUCAUGAGAGAAAUGAAAGAACAGGAGACACUUUUAGCCUCUCUGAAGUCGAGUCUGACGUUGGAAGAUGCACAAAAGGAAAAGAUCGUUCUGCAAAAAAAUGUAAAAGAAUUAACGCUUAAAUUGGACAAGUUGAUGGAAUCAAGCGUUUCUGAAGAUUUGCAAGAGUCUAAACGUAAGGCACAGGAGAAUCUGGACGAAUACUCACGCGAAUAUUUAAAAAGAAAGAAGAUUUGCGUCGAAAUAAUAGACUGCAUUUUAGAGGGUUAUCCUGGCAACAGAGAUGAACUGUAUGAGGAGGUAGGCAUAGAUUCAACGACUGUAUAAUAAUCAGUGAUAAAGAGUUCUCUCUUGGUUUCCCAAGUUCAAAUUAUUGUAUUAUUUCUAUUUUUUGUCUAAUUUUCUUAUAUGUAAAAUCAUAUUUAUAUUUAACGAAUCAAGUGAUGUGUUUUGUGUUGAAAUGAUUAAUAUAUUUAAAUUUAUGUAUUAAAUGUCAUUUACAUACAUAUAAAAAGUUAUGUAAAUCUCACUACUGCAAAAAUUGCAUAUAAAAAUACUCGUGCUUAAAUUAAAUAGAAUUACAUUAAGUUCCUAAGGCUGGAUUCGGGGAGCG